AUGUCUUCCCCUUUACCUCCCAGACGGCCACCAUCCAGACCGUCUCGAAUGAACUCUCCUGCGAUGCCGUCCCGUAUGAAUUCUCCUGCCAUGCCGUCCCCCAACCUGGACUCCCCCGCUGGACCGCCAAAUAUGAACAUAUUCAUGGAUGAUGAAGAAACUCCGGCAUGGCACUCCGAUAUUCCGCUGGCACCUAAUCCAGGUCUCCGCGGUGGUCCCAUGGCAACUCUUCAAGUUUUUGGCGGGGGACCUGCGACUACGCGUCAAAAAGCUCUCGAAGAUGCCCGCAAAAUGGAAGAGGCUGUUCAAGAAGAAUUCGCCAAGUCAGGAAAGCCUCCCCCACAGUACCGCCUCACAGAACUGAUCGGCAAGGGGAGCUUCGGUCGUGUCUACAAGGCGAACGAUCUGGUAACUGCCAGUGUGGUAGCCGUCAAGAUUAUAGACGUCGACGAGAGUGAUACCCUAAAUCCCAAGCUUGCAGACACGUACAGUGAGAUUCUCAAGGAGAUUAAUGCGCUACAUCGAUUGAGUCAGUCCGGCGCGCAGAACAUCAACCAUGUUAUCGAGGCCCUCCCCGUUGGUAAAUCCAUGUGGAUGGUUACGGAAUAUUGUGCUGGAGGUAGUGUAGCAACCUUAAUGAAACCGACAGCACCGGGAGGAUUACAGGAGAAAUGGAUAAUCCCUAUUCUACGGGAAGUGGCCGUAGCAAUUUACUGGGUUCACAAGGAGGGUAUUAUACACCGAGAUAUUAAAUGCGCUAAUGUAUUAGUCACUGAGACUGGGGCGGUCCAGUUAUGUGACUUCGGAGUUGCUGGUAUGAUGGAGACGAAGCUCGAUAAACGAUCGACUUUCAUUGGAACACCUCAUUGGAUGGCUCCAGAACUAUUCGAUCAAAACGCACAAUAUGGAACCGAGGUUGACAUAUGGGCAUUUGGGUCUAUGGUUUACGAGAUAGCAUCCGGUUUGCCUCCAAAUGUAAGGGCAAAUGUAGGCCUCCCUCAAUUAGGAGAUUACUUGAGAGAACAUCUCCCACGCCUUGACGGAGAUCAAUACUCGGACGAACUAAAAGAUCUUGUCGCAUUCUGCCUCGAGGAAAACCCGGCGAGACGACCUUCCAUCGAAUUUGUCCAACAACAUCCGUACAUUUUUAAUACCAGUUCCAAAUACCCUACCUCAUCUCUUUCAAAUCUUGUUAAAGCCUUCAAAUUGUGGGAGGAACGCGGCGGAAGUAGAAAAUCCCUUUUUGCAGCAGGGGGGGCACAGGCGCCCACUGAUCUGGGUUCAACAUCAUUGGCAACAGAUGAAUGGAACUUUUCCACUACUCUUGCCUUCGAUGAAGAGCUCCACGAUGCUUCCGACGGUAGAUCUUACGCCGAGGCAGUCCGGGAUGUUUAUGGUUCAGCUGUCGAUUUCCCUAGCACCUUCGGCGAAGAUACUGCAAGACCCAAGCCCCAAGUAAAGGGACGACGACGACCCCCGCCACAAGCCAUUGCCGCAUCGAAAAUCAAAGCUCCUCUAGAAAAGGUCUUUGACCCUAACACGAUUUCAAACUAUGAUGAGAAUUCUAGGAUGUAUUAUGGGCGUCCUAUGCUUCCUAACAUGGCGGAACCAUCAAACGAACUCUCAGCAUCUGAUCUUCCAUUACGCGACGAUUCACUUCAUGCGACCCUGCGUGAAUCAUUGAUUGAUCUAGAUGCCUCUCUUGGUGGCGGCGAUCUCUCAAGCUUUGUCGAUAUGGGUACGAUAAGACCGGGCCCAAAACCAGGACCGCGCGCUUCUAUGGACAAUAAUUGGUCAUUCUCGUCAGCGACAGAGACAUCUUCCUACGAGCAAGCACCUUUAAGCGAUCCCGCAGAUAUGAAUACCGGCCGACAAGCACCGCCAGAUUGGUCUUGGCCAACUAGUAUCCCACCUGCGUCAGCCAGUGCCGAAACGCCUCAUUUUCCAUUCCACAACGAUCGCGGUGACGAUGAUGGUUUUGAUGAACGCCCCCGCCUCCAGCACCAUCAGACUGAACCUAUAUCAUUACCAUCGCAAUCUUAUGACAUGCAGGGCACAAGUAUGGCAAAUGACCGCAUGUCUAUGACCAGUCUCAUCGAUCUCGAUAUGAGUAUGCCUGAACCAAAUCUACCGGAACUCACGCGGCCGUCUACGGCGAAUUCAGACAUCGGAUCUAUCACAGGAUCUGAUAUUGGCACACGAGAACCCUUCGAACUUGAACGCCACGCCUCCGUCUACGCACCUACCCAUCUUACUAGUCGCGAACCAUCCAUCUACGUAUCCGACGGCUCGGAAUUCCACACCCAAGUAGCCAAUAAGAUCGCUGGCGAGGUGCCCGACCCGGGCAUCAUGACGGCGAUUCACGACCCCACCUCGCAGCAUCAGCACCAACACCAGGGAAGCGAGUUCACGGUCGCUUCGUCCGAGACCUACGUCGACCGCGACGACAGCACCGGGUACCGCUCCGACGGCGGCCAGAGCCUCGAGCCCUACCGUCUCCGCCCCAUCCCGCCUAUCCCCCCACCCUCGACAAGCGUCAUGGAGGCUCGAGCCACCGCCGGUGACGUGGCGAAUGAGAUGAGGAGACUCAUCGGUACCUUGGGCGAACACUUGGCUAUCAUUGGCGAGCAGGUCGGUGGCAUGGAACCUCGUCGCGCUGGGAGGGGGUUCGAUGGUCCUGAGUAA